AUGUAAAAAUUAAUAGAAAAUGAAUUUGACGUUGAUUGUGCUUAUUAGCAUAGGCUUCCAAUAUGUGCUAUACUAUAGGAUCCUAAUUUAAAUAUAAAAGAUAGACUUUUAUGCCAAUAAUGCAUAUUAGAUAUAGACAAAGAGAAAACUAUUUUAGGGUGGAGAAAAGUUCAAGACAAUGUGCAAUCUCAUAUAAUGGAAAAGUAACGAAUUAAUUCACAACUUAUUUCUCCUCUUUUACCAUUGGUGAAACAGGUGAAAAGUAAUAUUGAGUUUUUAAAGGACUCCAUCAUGAAAGAAUUUAGAAUGAUAGAGGAAACAUUAGAGGAAUGGUAAUUAGAAUUGUCAAAGGAAAUUAAAUUAUUAGAUGGUAAAUAAUUUAUUAGUGAACUGGAAUAUAUUUUUGGAAAUUAAUUAACAAAGAUCAGUUUGGAUGAAAUCCUAAAAAGAGACUUGAAUUAACUAAACUCAAUUACCAUUUCUAAAGUUUAAUCAAAAUUAAAUUUCUUUAAAGAGUUUGAAUAAUACAAAAUAUGCUCAAAUAUAUUAAAUUCGAUUGAGGAGGAAAAUUUUUCAUUGUAAAUCAAUUAAUCAAUUGAUGAGAAAUCGAAUGAACUUGAUAAUUAGAAAAAUAUAUUAUCAGAUUCAACUUAGAUUUCCCAUAUAAAUUCUUAUACUACUCAAUAAAGCUAAAUAUUUUAAUAAGAAUAGUCGCCUUAAAGUAAAUAAAUCAAUUAAGAUAAUAUGUGUAAUGUAUAACAAUUAAAUUAAUAAUAAAAUGUGGAAUAGAUUUAAUUGAAGGAAGGAUUAUCCUUACCUUUAAUAAAAUUAGUAACCACUAAAGAUGGAGAUCCGUAGUAUUAAUAUUAUGGAUAAUAACUGAAUAAUUCCAUUUAAUAUAGGAAUAUUCUUUUUAUUGGAUAAAGAGAUGAAGGAAAGACAACAUUAUUAAAUGCAUUUGUUAAUUAUUAUUUCGGAAUUGCUUGGGAUGAUACAUUUAGACUAAUUGUUGCAGAUUAAGAGUAAACAACUGAAAUAUCACAUUACUAUAUUGAACCUUUUAAUUAAAGAAAUUAUGGAGUACAUUUGAUAGAUACACCUGGUAAUUAUGGCUAAGAUGACAACUAUACUAUAAAUAAAGUAUCUAAUUUUUUAUAUGAUAAUUAAAAUACAAUUGAUAUUAUUAUUGUAUGUAUAAAGGCAUACAAUGUAAGACUUACAGUGGAAGCAUAAUAAAUAUUAUAAUCACUUGUUUAAAUAAUAGGAGAACAGCUAGCCAAUAAAAUUAUUGUUGCUCGUACAUUUUAUUCAGGAGAGGAUGUCGAUCAAUCAAUAUUAACAUCAGAAUAAAGCCCAUUUUAUAACCUAUAGACAUCCCUAUGUUCAGAUUAUAAUCUUGAAUUUAAUAGUAUGUCCAUAAUUAAAAUAACAAAAAAUAAAAGUGCAAAAGUAUAUUAUAAUAUUAGCAUUGAAAAUUUAAAAAAAAUUGAAAAUAAAUUGUCAAUUGAUUUUUCAUCUUUUAAUAAUUAGAAAAAUUAAAAUCCUACAUUUUUUCCACUAAACAAUUAAGUUUCACUCUUCGAUUGUUAAUCAGAAACACUAUUUCAAGAUUUAUAAAUUUAAAAAGGAGAUUGUGAUAGAUAAUAUUAACAAGUAUAUUAGGAUAGCUAUAGGCAGUUAAGAACAUUGUUUAUGCAAUGCCUGAGGGCUGGUGCUUAUAAGCAAAGUUCAUAUAAAUUGUCUAGGGUAGAUAAAAAAAGUUAAUAUUAUUAAUUAAAUUGUAAUUAAUGUAAUAUUACUUGUUUUUCAGGAUUCAAAGAUGAAAAAGCUGCAGAAGACUUUUUUAGUAAGGAGCUAAAUGGCAAAUCUUAUUGCGAACAUUCAAAACCUACUAUAACUAUAGAGAAUAAAUAAAUAACAUAUUUAGAAGACCGGAGUUAAUAAAUGCACCCUAAUACUUAUAGAAAUUCAGCACUCCUAGUGUUCAGGCUUUUAAUAAAAUUAUUUUAACUGAAAGAAAACAAUAAUGAAUAAAUGAAUGAAAUCUAAUUUAUAGAAAUAUUGAAGAAUGAAGAACAAUAAGAUUAUAGAAUAUUAGAAAAAUUUUCAGCAGAAUAAUUUUCUCCUCCUAAUAAUAACAAAUUUCUCAACCCCCAGCAAUAGAAAAGCGCAUUACCCACCUAAUUUAACAAUUAACCACAAAAUCAAAAAAAAACUACAAGAACAUGA